AUGCUACUUUCGUGUGGUUUGAGUGCCCUGCUGUUUGCAGGAGCGUGCGUUGCUUCUACGCCAAGUCUGAAUCCGAAUGCUCCCGUUAAUGGUAAGUGGGAACAGCGUUCCAAACCUGAUCAAAAUAUUGUAAAGACAGAGGAGAAAAUGUUCUUUAUCCCUUUCGACGAGAAAAGUCAAGGUUUCUUAUCUUGUGAUUUAAUUAAUCCUUUCUCCGACAAUGAGCAUGAACCAGCUUAUGCAGAUAUCGUCCAAAAGCCAAACGCCAACGGAACGGUUCAUUACAGUUUCAUUGAACAACCAGACUUGUUUCAAGCUUUUAAGCAUGCUAUUGAUGGAGACAAGGAUUACAAAUUCCUCAAAGGAAUGGUAAAGAAGGGUUUUUUGGAUUAUGGUUUCAUUAAUAAUUAUAACUUUACUACCGAAGUAGGCCCAAAUUAUUUCAAAAGAAACAUCACAAAGCCCUGCAUGGCUUGUUUUUUUGGCUACCAAGAAAUCGAGCCUACUGACGAUGAACCUGAACCCAUAAUUGGUUUUGAUUACCGUAGCAAUGAUGAGGAACCUCGCAAAUCAGAGCAUCGUAUUUUUGUUGGUCUGUCGGUCCUUGCCAGUGUCACUGGAUUGUAUUGGCUUCUUCGCUGUCUUUGGCGACCCAAAAGUUUUACGUUUACUCAAUUUCUUCUAUUUUUUUGGUAUUCUGCAUUUCUAGCCAAUCAUCCUGUGAAGCAAGCACUGUUUAUGACUCAUAGCAUUGUCGUCCACCCUUUUGGUUUUUUCCUUCCAACGUUCUCUUAUCUGCUAGGUGAUGGAAUUGAGCGCCCUUUGUUUAAUUCGUUUGUCUUGGCAUUGACAUUAGGGAUCGGCUAUCUCCAACGUAGCUCGAAAAAACUGGUUUUCUUGGUCCUUUUCCUAAACUGGAUACAGUCAUUAUUUAUCUUUUUCGCUCCUUUCAUAUUCCUUUUUCUUGACUUGAGUAACUCUACUUACGCACUAAUAUUACAAUUGGUUUGGAAACUGUUCCAAUAUGGCUAUCUUCCUUUCUUUUUUUGCAUCAGAAUGAUUGUGGUUUACAGAAUGCGCCUAAAACCUGCUCACGCUUUCGAAGAUGAACUUACACAGACCAAAAAAGGUAAAAUACUCGUUUUCCUCAUUUUCCCUACUGUAACUGUGAGCGGUUAUAUUUAUUCGCAAUAUGCACCAGCCUUUGAUACUGGACUUGAAGUCGCAAAAAGUAUCGUUGGUGUUCUUUGCUUCCAAAUUCUUGCCUUCUGCUUGAAUGGUUAUAUCAAACCGGUAAAUGAUCAUAAGCUAGAACAUUUGCAAACUCCUUUGUCAAUAUACAAAGAUGAACCUGAAAUGAACUUGCUUGGUGAUGAAAAGAACUGA